AUGCCGCUCCUCGACCUCCCAAACGAGCUACUUCUGCAAGUCGCUCACGAUGUCGAUACCCCAACCCUCAGCGCACUCACACGGACAAACCGCCGCCUCGCGCAUCUCCUCUCCGCGGACCUCCUCAACACCGCGCUCAAGAACCGCCGGUAUAGCGUCACGGCUAUCUUUUUGGCAAUAAGCUACAAGCAAGCUGCACGGAUCAAGCUCCUCCUCGAGCGGUCGACGCAGAUCACUAUUACCAGUAAAUAUGGAACAGUCAUAUACGACAGCGGUGUUUGUAAGAUAUGGCACAAGGAUAUGAACCGCCUUGUUGACCGCCUCGUUGAAGAGGGUAAUACGGAUCUAGUGAUAUUUGACAAACCUUCUGGCCGCACAGCACUACACUGGGCCGCCGCGUAUGGCGACGCGGCCAUGGUACGGAAGCUUCUGCGUCUCGGCGCAAGCAAGAACUAUGUUCAUGACCGGUCAGGAAAGACGCCGCUCCACUGCGCGGCGGCCUCUGCGAACGUUACGGUGGUGCGCGCCUUGUUAGAGCACAGGGCUUGGAAAGCGGGCGAGAUCGACGCGGUCGAUAAGGGCAUUUAUGAGCUGUGCGCACUACACUACGCCGUACAGACCGGAGACAAAACGACAACGGAGCUGCUGUUGAAGGGCGGGGCGCGGGCAGAUAUAGUGAAUGUGUUUGGCGAGACGGCGCUCCAUAUAGCGGCGCAGGAGCGGGACCUGGGGAUGGUUAGGCUGCUACUGGGGGCGGGCGCGAAUGUGGAUGCGCAGGAUUUCGAUGGGGUGACGUCGCUGCACUGCGUGGUGGAGAAUAACGAUGUGGAGGUUGCGCGGGUGCUAGUGGACGCGGGCGCGGAUAUUCAUAAGCCAAGCUCGUUUUUUGUGAGUGGGAGAAGGAGAACGGGCGAGAUGUUCUGA